AUGGCCGAGGUGGCCGGCGAGGGUCGCUCCAAGGCACAGCUGAUUGUCGGCAUUGAUUUUGGCACAACCUUCUCAGGCGUCGCCUUCGCUUUCGCUACCAACACAGAGGCCAAGGAAGACAUCAUCACCGAAUGGCCUGGCGCCGGAAACCAGACAAAACAAAAGAUCCCCACCGUCCUCUACUACGACCAGUACCAGAAAGUCGUCGGGUGGGGCCCCGACAUCGCAGACGCGCUAGCCCCCACGGGGUACCCCAAGCCCGGCGUACAAAAGGUCGAGUGGUUCAAGCUGCAACUGAUGCUGUCCGGCAACACGUACAUUGAUCCCAUCAACCUGCCGCCGCUGCCCCCGGGCAAGUCCGAGAUCGAUGUCGCCGCCGACUACCUGUUCCACCUGCGCCAGGCCAUGCGCAACCAGCUGCAGAAGACGCUGGGCGAGGUCUUCAACCGGGAAGAAAGGAACAUCAGGUACUACCUCACCGUGCCAGCCAUCUGGAACGAUGCUGGCAAGGCCGCCACCCGUGCUGCUGCCAUCCAGGCUGGCUUCCUGCGCGAUGAGAACGACAACCGAUUGACUCUCAUCACCGAGCCCGAGGCGGCCGCCAUGUUCUGCUCCAAGACGGGCCUCCUCAACCUCAAGAUCCAUGAUGCCGUCUUGAUCGUCGAUUGCGGUGGUGGCACCGUCGACCUGAUCGCCUACGAAGUCGAGGAAGAGAACCCCUUCUCCGUCGCCGAAUGCACCGCAGGCUCCGGCGACUCGUGCGGCUCCACCGCCCUCAACCGGAACUUCAGCAACAUCCUCCGCGCCAAGAUCCGCAAGAUGAAGCUGCCCGACGGCUCCAAGACGGCAGGCAAGGUCUACGCCAAGUGCAUCAUGGACUUUGAGAACAGGAUAAAGGCCGACUUCCGCAACAAUGGGCAGAAGUGGGCCGUCGACGUGGGCAUCGAGGCCGAGUUCCCCGAGGCGGGCAUCGAGGAGGGCUACAUGACGUUUACGAAUGAGGAGAUUUUGCAGUGUUUCGAGCCCGUGGUGAACCGGAUUCUGGAGUUGGUCAGGAAUCAGAUCAUUGCGAUUCAGGCGCAGAACCGGUCAUUACAGAACGUUCUCGUUGUCGGCGGCUUCGGCGCUUCCGAAUAUCUCUUCCAGCAAAUCAAACUGCACGUCCCACCCCAAUAUCAAUCCAAGGUCGUCCGUCCCAUGGACUCGGUCGCCGCCAUCGUCAAGGGCGCCGUCACGGCCGGCAUCACCGAGCGCAUCGUCACGCACCGCGUUGCCCGGAGACACUACCUCAUGGCGACGCUGCAACCCUUCAAGGAGGGCCACCACCCGGAGCAGUACCGCGUGCCGAGCUUGGACGGCAAGGACAGGUGCAAGUACACGAGGCAGAUAUUCGUGCAAAAGGGGCAGAGGGUGAAGAUUGGCGAGCCCGUCAAAGUGAGCUUCUUCCGGCAGGUGGCUCCCGGGGCGAGUCUCAUGUAUGAGGAUAUCCUGUAUGCGUGCGAUGACGAUGUCUGCCCCGAGUAUACCAAGGAUCCGCGAAUCAAGGAAGUCGUAACCCUGACCUCGGACCUCUCGCGCAAGAACCUGGAAAAGGACUUUGAGCGCAUGGACACGCCGCAGGGGACGUUCUACCGCGUCUACUUUGACAUUUACCUCACGUUGGAUGGGUCCGAGUUCAACGCCGAGUUGGUGUGUCAGGGAGAGGUCAUGGGCAGGUGUACGGCACGGUUCAGAUAG